UUUUUACGUUUAGAACUGUUACAAAUGUCAAAUCCUACUACACCACCUACAGACAAACUUGACUGGCAAAACAUCGGUUUUCAAUACCGUGAUAUCAAUGGAUAUGCCAAAUAUACCUGGACUCCCGAGAAUGGUUGGGAUGAAGGAUCGCUAGAAACGAAUCCUUACCUCAACGUUCACAUGUGCUCGACUGGUUUGAAUUAUGGUCAAGAGUGUUUUGAAGGGUUGAAAGCUUUUCGUACAAAGGACGGACGCAUCCGCGUGUUUCGACCUCACGAAAAUGGCAAGCGUAUGAACCUGACAGCCGCCUUCGGCUCCAUGCCUGGAAUUCCGGAAGAAAUCUUUUUAGAGGCUAUCAAGAAGACUGUUCAAGCUAAUUUGGAGUAUGUUCCACCAUAUGGCUCUGGUGGUUCGUUGUACUUAAGACCUUUGUUGUUUGGAAGCGGCCCUAUGAUUGGGUUGUCGCCAGCUCCUGAGUUUACUUUCAUCGUUUUCGGUGUCCCAGUCGGAAACUAUUACAAGGAUGGUGUUAAGCCUGUCGACGCUUGCAUUAUUGAAGACUUUGACCGCUCUGCUCCUCUGGGCACAGGCUCUUUCAAGCUCGGAGGAAAUUACGCUCCAGUAUUUCUUCCUACCGAAAAGGCAAAAAAGCAAGGAUUCCCAAUCACCCUGCAUCUCGACUCCAAAACACAUACAUACGUGGACGAGUUUUCCACGUCUAACUUUGUGGCUCUUAGCAACAAGGAUGGGGUCACUACAUUGGUGACACCUAACGGCCGGACAAUUUUACGAUCUGUGACACGAAUUUCCUUGGUAGAGAUAGCACGCGACCUUGGUUGGACGGUCGAAGAGCGUGAUGUUCCUUUCAGUGAGAUUGAGGAAGGCAAGUUUGAUGAAAUCGCAGCUUGUGGAACGGCAGCUGUAAUCACUCCCGUAAAGAGAAUUUCUCGAGGAGAGAAAUCCUACAACAUUGGAUCUGGAGAACAGACUGAAAUUGGCGCUGGCUUUGAAGCUCUUUAUAAACAGUACAAAGCUAUUCAAAAUGGCGAUAUAGCAGACACCAAGGGCUGGAUGUGGCCGGCAGAAGGAUUUUAAUAUAUGAGCCUUGUUUCUUGUGAAAUUAAACCAACGCUCAAGCUUUGUUUCACGGGCCAAGAGUGCAUCGUGAGGCUGGACAGAAGUGGCAAUAAGGCUGGCAUUUUUCCUAUGCUCUGGGAAGGGGCGAUUGGUUGCUCCCCGCUGUGCCUGAACUGAUAUAAAAAUAAAAUUUUAAAGCUGCAUUCAAGCUCCUCUAAAUUGAUAUCUG